AUGAAGAGACCUCACGACUACAGCUCCCCAGACUCGGACACAGACGAGUUUAUUGACGUGGGACAAGAAGACGGCUAUUGCCCAGUCACCGGGUCCAUGUCCCCUGGCAGUGCCUCACAGAUUCUGGCCCGAAAGAAGAGAAGAGGGAUCAUAGAGAAGAGGCGCAGGGACCGGAUCAACCACAGCCUGUCAGAACUGAGGAGACUGGUGCCCAGCGCUUUUGAGAAACAGGGCUCAUCUAAGUUGGAGAAAGCAGAGAUUCUGCAAAUGACUGUGGAUCAUCUCAAACUCCUGCAUGCCAUGGGGGGAAAAGGUUACUUUGAUGCGAGAGCUCUGGCAGUCGACUACAGGACUUUGGGCUUUAGAGAGUGUGUUGGGGAGGUGGUGCGAUACCUCAGUUCCCUUGAAGGGGAGUCUCCAGAUCCUAUAGGAGCCCGCCUUGUCUCCCACCUCUCCCAUUGCGCAAGCGAGCUAGAUCCUCUCCUCCUACAAUCAGCACCGGCCUCCACCUUGCCCUUCCCUCCUUGGCCCUGGGCAUCUUUCCCUCAGAUCUCCCCCACUUCGCCAGCCUCCUCAUCCCCUUUCCCCAGUGGGCGAAGGGAUUUAGCCCUGCUGGGGAGCUACCCGUCGCCUGCCUCCCUACGCCUCGCUCCCCUGGCCAGCUGCCAGCAGGGCGUACCACCGCUGCUCGCCCCAACAGCUCUGGCCACCGUCCACAGGGUGCCUUCCCUAGCAGCGUCACCGGCCUUGGCCCCCUCCAGACCAACCCAGGCGUCCCCUCACAGUGCCUCCAGAGCCUCACCUCUUCCUCUCCCUACCCCUUCCUCUUCUUCUUCUUCUACCACCGCCUCCUCUUCCACUUCAUCGUCCUCUGCCCCACAAAUCUCUUUCAGGCCUUUUGCACCUCUGGGGUCUCCCACAGCCCAGCGCAGGGGCUUGAGCGGAUCAGCCAAGUCGGCCCAGGGAUGGGGUACUGAAAUCGGAGCUUUCUGAGGGUUAACUCUGGUUUUGUUUUCCAAAUGAACUCUGUACAGUGGACAUGGAGCACACCAUGUAGCAAAUACAAAACCUUUGGAGAAAGAAAUAUUGAACAUUUGAUGAUUGUCUCUACUUUUUAGAGACU